AUGAAGCGAGGGCCAAGACCGGUCCAGUUGAAGGUCUUCUCAGUCGAGGAGAUACACCUCAUGCUCGAGCUGGAAGUGCAGUACCACGGCAACCGGUUUAUCGCAGCAACAAUGGCGGCAGAUGGAAGAAUUGAUAAGUCUGCCAAACAGAUUCGGGAUAAGAGAGCCAUCCCGACAUACAAGGCCAUAAGAGAGGAAUAUUUAGCUCGACACCUCCCUGGUUCUGCCGCCAUACCCGAUAACGAGCGAAAUGUUGGGGACGCUCAAAAUGUUAGUCGGGAAGAAGACGUGCUCAUCAACCAAAAUCAAGCCGCAACGCUGCCGGUCGAUGAGGAUCCGCCACGUCUUGACUAUCGCCGCCUCGAGAUCCGGCACGAAGCACAAGACUCGGCUCCAGGAGACACGGACUGGAGAGAAGGGCCGUCGAAGCAGAACACACACCCCGAAGGCCGAUCCCUCCCGAGUCAGCAGCAGCAAUCAAGCUGCUGCGGGAUGCCCUUCAAUAUGCCAGAGAGUCAAAGGGAAAAAUUUCUCCAGGCUCAUGUCGACCAUAUAUACGACCUGGCAACCUCGCACCUCAGGUCCAACGGGGCGAGAGAAGGGACGCGCCAUCCCCAAAAGGGUUCUGGCAAAGGAAGGGAACCAAGAAGAAGGUACCUCUACGCCAGAACCCAGGGUCUCUUAAAAAAAACCCAAGCAUUGUUGCGAAAAAUGUUAGGAACGGCGUCGACUGGCUCGUGGAUAAUCCGACGGCGUGAACAGGUUGUACACAGAGUUGUGGGAGCAACAACCUGCGAUCGUAGUUCCUGA